ACUUCAUUCUUCAGCUGGUAUGUGAAGCCGACUUGUGCUCAACAUGACCACAUUGGCAGGACCAUCAGAGACGAAGUCUGGGUCAACCCUGUAGUGUUUCUGGAGUCUGAGAGCACAUACACUGACAAAUGGAAUCGUAGCUUCAAUUUUGUCUUUGCCAGGGAUGAUUUGAUUGCCAGAACGACACAUGGACUGGGGUACCCUGAGGAACUCAAGAAGUUUGAAGCCAUGAUUGAGGACCGAGCAACCACCAUGUUGUAUUAUGCCAUGGUAGGAAAUCAUACUGAAGAGAGAACUGUGGUGGCUCGGCUGUGUGCAGGGCCCCUGCUGAGCGCUAUGGUGGACGAGUGUGAGAAGGUCAUGAAGGGAAAGGGGAAUGCCUACAAAUUAUGUCUGUACUCAUCUCACGACUCAACCAUGUCUGGUCUCCUGGAAGUACUUGGUAUCUGGGACAACAAAUGGCCGCCAUUUGCGGCAGACGUCCGGCUUGAACUCUACAAGGAGGUCAACGGUUCAGAGUUCUAUGUCAAGGUUCUUUAUUGUGGCAACGUUUGCCGGAUUCGUGGUCAGAAUUCUGAACUGCUGCCCUGGUCAGAAUUUGUGAAGGCGGUCAGAAACUACCUCAUCCGUGAAGACGAGUACUGGGAAAUGUGUGCCUGUGAUGUGGUUGAGCGAUUUGCUAAAGACUUGCUGAAACAUGUGGAGGGAGAGGUGGUCAGACCGUUAGAAGUUCCUGCUGGGAUGUAG